GUGAGCAUUCAAAUGGGUUUCGAUGGUUUCCAAGGAGUGUGACGAAUUAGAUAAUACAAUAGAGAGAGCAAGCAUUGCAGGAGCUGCGUUCUGGAAUUAUCAUGCUUGCUGCUGCGAGUACCAUCGCAAUGAAACCCUGGUUUCCGGUCAGUUUCUAGAUUACUUUUGGUCUGGCGCCAGUGGGUCGGAAGGCAUGACCAUUGUCAUUGAUUUCAAGCGACUGUGCACGUUUUCAGGUCAAGGAACUUGAGUCGGAGUGGGUACACAAGAGUAUGAUUCCAUAAUUGCCUCUAGUUCGAUAUCGGAGGGGUGGACAUAACGAAGGGCGUUGUGGUGUUACACAUGAAGUAACACCACAACGACGUUGAGUUCGUGGACACAUCUUGAUUUACAUAAAUAAUUAAGCUAUGCCCUGUUUUUGUAUCUAGCUGCCAGUGAACACGCAGAAUCGUGUCUAAUCUAGGUUUCGAGAGUAAUUAACAUAAUUAGAUUCAUUGGUAUGUCGAAAUCAUUAGACAAAAUUAUGACUAGUGUUGACAUUUCAACUCCUAGGCACACUGUCUGAUAGUAGGACCUAACAUUCAAUGACGCCGUGAAUCACGUCCGAUUUAACGACUGGAUAGGCUAUUGUGUCACAAUCACUUUUUCGCGUUUAAGCAUUAAUAGAGAUUCUUAGUCGUAAAGGGGGUUGUUUAAGUCGUGGAAUGGAGAGCAUAUCUACCAGCAUAUUGUGUAGUGUUCAUGUUGUAGACGUAGACAGAGAAUUAUGACUGCAGCAGAGGAGUUAGGCUGUCAAGCGUGCGGGCUAGCCAUCACUCCUUGCCUGGUCUGCGCAAGUUCCUUGCCUGUCUUUUCAGUCGAUGACGUUUUAAUGAAGGCCUGCUGCAGAUGUGGCUUUGUCAAUCCACUAGGUGACAAGUGCCGAGAAGUUCUGGAUAUUCCUCCAACAGCAGCACUCCCAACAGCUAUGGUCCGGCGAGCCCAAAUCGCUCGUAUUGGGAGGAGGCCAUACGUCCUAGCCAAGCAUGCACAUUUCAUGCACUUGAGCCUAGUCAAUAAAACGAGAGGCGAGGAUGAAAAAGAUGGAGGCUCUGGAUCCCACGGUUCGCCCCUUCGGGAAAUUUCCGCACGUUUCGUGCCCAAAGAUUCUCCAGUUCCAGAAAUAUUUGCUUCCGCCGAAGAAGGCCACCCUUUGACAUUCUUACCAUACAUACAGAACGCGCAGGAUACAAGGAUGCACGAGGAAGCUUUGUGUGCGGCUAGGAAUGCUUCGGAUGCAAGGCACUUCUACCCAGAAUCAGAUUCUGAGUCGCCGGUGAAACGCAUGCGACUGUCCCCAAGGCUGACGGUAAUAGAUAAAGUUGAGAAGAAUUUAAGCGGAUUCAUCCAUCCAAUCCUGCAUCAAGUUCAAGUGGAUUCAGGCAAUGCGGACUCUGUGGCGACUGCAUCUAAUGGUCUCACUUCAAAUACGUGUAUACCAUUUAAGCUUGAUCCUGCAAAACUUGGAGAAUCGUCAGGAACUUUGCCAGCCGAUUUGGAGCUUACUGGUGACAAGACGUCGAAUAGUAUGAAUGGAGUAUUGUUAGCGUCUCACAGUGUGGUUGAGCAAGAAGUUGGUGUUGACAAGGAACUCGUCACCACCAGAACUGAGCCUUUCUUGUUACCCAUUCGAUCUGGGUUAGAUUCAAUGAGGGAAAUCUCGAAAUCUCCUUUGAUUGAAAUAGCACCACCGAGUGCGGAGGUUUUACAACAUCGUGAAGGCGGGAAAGCCUCAGUCUCAACAGUUCCGGUUGCUAAUGGUUUGGUUGAACAGAAUCAGAAGUAUAACGAACACGACUGUUAUCCACAAAUGAAUAUCGAUGAGUCAGUGAAGCUGCCAAGCUCUAGUGUGCAGAAGGUUGGUACUGACGAUGAAGUCGAUGUUCUUGAUCCUGCUGAUCAUAACCUCAGCAGAGAUUUAACUGGAUCAGAAGAGGCUCCCACUCAUCGGCACGAGAGGACGUGCUCGGAGUGUGGUCAGAUGGGCGUAGGACCUGGAAGGUCGUCUUCAAAUAUCGAUGAAGCUGAACUUAUGCGUUCCUGCACUCAAAUUCUGGAGCUUCAUUGCCCACAUACUCUUAAAGCAGAUUUACGUACUUCUAAUGCAUACCCUCUGUGCUGCCCCGUUCCUAUGUUUCCGUUACCUCUAGGUUCUGCAUCCUCCGGCAAGGUAUGCAGAUCUUAUGUGACCCAGUUCACCGUUGACGUAUUGAGAGCUGCCCACAUAACGCUUAAUUCGAGCACACAAGAGUCGACCUCUGGGGAAGUGAUAUGUCCGCUUCGCGAUGUGGAGCAAACACUCUUAAUGGCAGGGAGAUUCAUCCAGAUGAAAGGCAGGGUAGGCAAUGUGCGAGGUCUGAUACAGCAAAUCGAUGCUGCCAGCGCUCAGACAUCCCGAGACUUGAAGGCUUAUGCUGACCGCGGCGCAUUCCCUCUUGCCAGUCAACUCAUUCCUCGCCUUCUCAAUAGAGAAAAGCAACAACAUGUGGACCGAAUCAAAAAUGACUUUCAGGUGAUGACUACCCUCUUGCAAGAUAUCAAUAAAACCUUGUCGACCUGCUUUCAAUAUGCAGCGAAGAUUGUAGAGGAGUCUGUAGAUUUAGUAGGUGAUAACCAUCUGGUUUCGAAUGUAGUGAAUCAUAACGUUUCCAUGUUGGCUCUCUACAACAAGCCUGCUUUGGAGGCCGUCCGAACCGCUUUUCCAUUGUGGAUACGACUGUAUCAUGAUGUUGCCCAUGCUGCGGGGCUUUUGAAGUAACACAGUUGUAAGUUCAAUACUCUUCCAGAA